AUGAUGUGGAAGAGGAGGAGGAGGAAGAAGAAAAGGAGGAGGAAGAGGAGAAGCAAGGAGGAGGAGGAAGAAGGAGGGGAGGAUGUGGAGGAGGAGGAGGAAGAGGAAGGAGAAGAGGAUGUGGAGGAGGACAAGGAAGAGGAAGGAGAGGAGGAUGUGGAGGAGGACAAGGAAGAGGAAGGAGAGGAGGAUGUGGACGAGGACAAGGAAGAGGAAGGAGAGGAGGAGGAAGAGGAGGAGGAAGAAGGAGAGGAGGGGGAAUCAUAUGACACAAAAGCAUUGCUCUCACUCUCCCCCCACAUUAACAGAUGA